UGGUUUAUCGGCACGCUUGACGUUUCGAAUUUAUUGUUAGAAUAUCGGGAUAUGUCCAUCCAAAAAGCAUCUGAUAAUAAAAUUGAUGAGGUUGCCGAAAUACUUUCCUUGAAUCAUAUAUUUUUGUUUGAACAAAAUGUAUCAAGUGGAAUUUCUUUAAUGAUCGAACCAGAAUCAUUAAAAAGUAUUUUCAACAACAUUAAAGAAGAAUUUACACCCUAUCAAAUGUCUGAUGAUGAUAUUCUACGAUGUCAUAAAAUGGCAAAGACCGCAAGUGAAGAUUUUGAAAAAUGCAAGUCGUUAUUAAGAAAAUGGCAAAAAGAACUAGUUGAUGAUCAAGAAGAUCUAAUUCUAGAAAUAUUCGAGUCAAU